AGAAAACGAUUGACUUCGUUAAUUUGUCUAAUUAUCAUGCUAAAGAAGUAAUUUUCCCCCAGUGGGUCCUUACGUUUAGAAAGACAUCUCAAGCUUAUACCUGCUCAAGACUAGAAAGGGGAGCCCCUCAAGGGAGCCCAGAGCCCGGUGCGGUGAUGCGUCUUGGUUUAAAAACUCGCGCUUAAAUCCAAGUCACGUCACGUAUAUCGGGGCAGCCUAUCUACUAGGCGCCUUGUCCGGAGAUAGAUCACCAGCCGAAAGGGCCUCCGUCUGGUCUUCGUAACGUAUGGGCUCAAAUAAAACAAAAAACAAAGUUGUAACGUCAGUGAUCUCCACUUCAAUUGAAACUUUAUUUGGGAGAGAUACGUGCAACCGGGAUUCAUUUUGCACAGCAUUCAGAAUAUUCCCUUAGAAAAGAGGACUUUAGGUUAUGUCAGUAUUUCUCACAUUGAAUAUCAACUGAUUAUCAACAAAAUGUGCUGUCCAUCCAUAAUUAACAACUAAUGAAAUUGGGAAAUAUUCGGUUCUGUUAAUUCGAAUUUUGUUUAGGAUUAAUACUGAUUUUAACUUACUAUCGAACACUUCCUUUAACUCACCAUGAAUUUUGCUGGUGUCAUUCGAUUAAACAAAUGUGGUUGUGUCUGCUUGAUAUUUGUGUUCCUGCUCUUAAUUUUAUAUGUAAUUAGUAGAAGUUCUAAAUUAGAUGAAGAAAAUACAGUAAAUUUACGAAAGCUGCUAAUAGCAGCAAUAGAAGUUGCCGAAAAGGGUGGGAAAGAAGUCAGCUAUGUCCGAAGUUUACCCGAUAUUAAUAUUAAAAGUAAGGGAAAAACGAAGGAGGGUGCUAACGAUCCUGUCACUAUUGCUGACAAAAAGUCUCACUGUGUGAUGUAUUACGGAAUGACUCAAGCUUUUCCCAAAGUAAAAGUGAUAUCUGAAGAAGAGAAAGCUUCUGAAGACUGCAAUCCUGUUCAGUUGGUUGAGCUAGACCCACGAGGUUUGGACGGGCAGGCUGAUCCAGGGGAUGAAUUUGUUCCAGUUGAUGACGUAACUGUUUGGAUUGACCCUCUAGAUGCCACCCAAGAGUUCACUGAAAACUUGCUCAGCUAUGUGACAACACUAGUGUGUGUUGCAGUUCGAGGGAAACCUAUUAUAGGUGUCAUACAUAAGCCCUUUGCGGAAGAGCCCAAGACUACAUGGUCAUGGCUAGGGAAGGCAAAGUCAGCUGAUCUUAAAAAUUUAAAGCAGGUUGAACAAAUACAACCUCUUUCCAUAAUAGUUUCCCGUUCUCAUGCUGGCCGUGUCGAAGAAGUUGCCAAGAAAGCUUUUGGUCCAGAAACAAAAGUAAUCCCAGCUGGUGGUGCUGGUUAUAAAGUUUUAGAAGUCAUAGCUGGAAAUGCAACUGCCUACAUUCACACAACUAAUAUCAAAAAGUGGGAUAUUUGUGCAGGCAAUGCCAUCAUCCAUGCAGCUGGUGGAGACAUGACAACACUAAAAAAUCAACAGAUUGAUUAUUCUUCGGGUUCAAAAAGUGUCAAUACUGAUGGACUUUUUGUAACAGUGGGGUCACACCACAGUGAACUCAUUCAAAAACUUUCAAAUAUUAAUCAUACAGGAAGGAGAUAGGAGAAAACUGAACUGAGCUGUUGUAGUGUGAAAAUAUUUAAAUUUAGCAGGUCCGUUCUGCAACUGUUAAAUGUGGUGCUUGAUUUGUUUGGUGCUAGAAGUUACUGUAGUGUAGUUGUGUGUGAGGUGAGGGUUUGGCUGGUAAACAUGGUUAAAUUGAUGUACAACGACAGCUUGUAGAAUCUCAUGGGUUUCCCAUCAGACAUUGUUAUUGCGUUUUAAAAUGUAUUACUUGAGAAACCAGAAGACUGAGCAGUACAAAUUUAUUUAUAAAGUUUGUUUUUACACACUGACAAUUUUUGUUUAAUUUUGAUUAGUAAAUAUGGUUGGCAUUAACAUGUUAAAUUUCCGAUUUGAUUUCAAGUGCCAUUGCCAUAAUUAUUGUCAAUAAUGUCCUAGUAAACCACUAAUUUUGGAGAAAAAAAAAAUCAUUAUUUAGAAGAGGUCAAUCUUAGAUGCCGAUAACUAAAAGGUAGCAUGCAAAUAUUUUGUUGUCUUUGUCAUUUUAAAUUAAUUCUGUUGAAUCAGUGAUAUUAGCAGCUUUGUAUCAAUGAUUGCUAACAAGAAUUUCUAAUAAAAUUGUAUUUUUAUAUAACGAAGUGUAACCGAA